AUGGCACGAGGCGGCUUUGCGUCACGAGCAACGGCGCACGCAGAUCGAGGCCCUGUCGCCUCGCUCCUCACCUCUCGCCUCGCCGUCUGCAUCGUCUCGGUCCUCAUCACCCUCGUCCUGUCGUCGUCCUGGGCCGGCCCCACCAAUACUAUCCGACGACAAGGCUCGACGAGCGCGACAGCCGGCACCGACAUCGCCUCGUUCGACCUGACGCCCGUCCAGGCGACGGCGCAAGGGGCCGCGGCCGGCGAGAAGCUCCUCGUCCUGACGCCGCUCAAGGACGCCGGCCCGUACCUCGACGAGUACUUUGAGAACCUCGCGCGCCUGUCGUACCCGCGCAACCUCAUCUCGCUCGCCUUCCUCGUCAGCGACUCGACCGACAACACGGUCGCCAAGCUGCGUGCGCGCGCCCGCCGCCUGUCGCAGCUGCCGCCUAAGGAGCGCUACGACUCGAUCACGAUCUUCGAAAGGGACUUCAAGUUCAACCUCGCGAGCGAGGUCCGCCACGGGUUCGAGGGUCAGCCCGUCCGCCGCGCCUUCAUCGCCAAGGCGCGCAACUACCUCUUGUCGGCCGCGCUGCGACCCGACUCGGCCUACGUCCUGUGGCUCGACGUCGACGUCGUGCGGUACGACCCGCACAUCCUGUCGGACCUCAUGAGCGUCGACAAGGACAUUGUCGUGCCCAACACGCUCUGGCACGUCAAGGACUGGGCCUUCUGGGGCUUUGACCGCAACAACUUUGCCGAGACGGAAGAGUCGCUCGCGCUCCUCGACAAGCUCGGCCCAGACGUCAUGCUCGUCGAAGGCUACCGAGAGCUCAUGACGAGCCGGGCGCACCUCGUCGACAUGCCGACGCACCUCGGCCUCGCGCACGUCCCGCUCGACGGCAUCGGGUGCACGUUUGCGCUCGUCAAGGCGCACGUCCACCGCGAGGGCGUCACGUUCCCGACCUAUGUCUUUGACAACCAGGUCGAGACUGAGGGCCUCGCCAAGGUGGCCAAGAGGGCGGGCUUCGAGGUCGUCGGCGUGCCCGGCGUGCUCGUCUUCCACGCGCAGAACCACUGA